GGUGCUCUCUCCGCGGGCCGCGGCCGCAAACCGCAGGCCAACACGCGAGUGCCGUUCGUACCCCAAGCCUGCCCCUCGCGGCUCGUGCCGCCGCCGCCGUCGUCUUCCUCAGCUCCCCCUUUCUUCGGCCCCAGCCGUACGUCACGCACAGAGCACACUCCACUCCACUCCCCCACUGAUCCCCCCCUCCCGCUCCCACUCCCCCCGCGUGCGCUGCUGCGCUCUGCUCCCGGCCGCGGCGAGUGCGCGCGCGCGGACCAAACCCGCGCAAAACCCCGAUCCCGCCCGCCAUGUUGUCGGCGGUCGCGUCCCCGGCUUCCUUCCUCGCGCUCGCGUCCGCGUCUCGCCGGCAGCCGAGGGUGAGCACCGCCCCGCCCCUGCACGCCGGGGCGAACCGGUGUCUGGCGCUGCAUCACUGGCCGCCGCCGCAGCGCACGGCCCGGGAUGGGGCGGUGGUGCGCGCCGAGGCUGGGGCUGCCGGGAAGAAGGACGCGAGGGGCGACGAUGCUGCGCCCGCGGCCGCGAGGCAGCCUCGCUUGCGCCGUGGCGGCGCCGCGGGCAAGGUCGCGAAACGGAGGGAUCCCGCCGUCCGCCCGGUCGAUCGUUACGGCUCCGGCGACGCGGCGGGGACUGCCCACCAGUCCCCGCCCACGCCGAGGCAGGACGCCCCCCAGCCCCGUGUGCCCAUCCUGAAUGGCGUGUUGGUGAGUGGCGAAGACAAAUCUAUCGUCACCGCACCACCGACGAAAAUAGUGAAAGUCCCGACUCCGGAUUCCGGCGCGAUCCUUACCGCCAGGAACAAAGCGGCGGAGAGCAUUGUCCUAGUCAAGAAGACGCCGCCACCGUCCGGAUCAAAUUUCGCGUCGUCAGUUUCUGCUCCCAGGUCUAACACUGCUAGCAAUGUGGAACUUGUAGAGAAGAAGGGUGCAGAAAUUGCCAAGGAAGCUCCAAAGCCGAAGUCUUCGGUUUCUGCUCCUAGGUCUGACAUUGUUGGCCAUGUGGAACCUGCAGAGAAGAAGGGUGCAGACAUUGUCAAGGAAGCUUCAAAGCUGAAGACUCCGGUUACUGCUCCCAGGUCUGACACUGUUAACAAUUUGGAACCUGCAGAGAAGAAGGGUGCAGACAUUGUCAAGGAAGCACCAAAGCCGAAGACUCUUCCACCCCCUGCAGCGCCCACUGUACAAGAGGCAGCUUGGGAUUUCAAGAAAUACAUUGGUUUCGAGGAGUCUGCGGAGGUGAAGGAUAAUGGCUUGGCAGCUGCAGAUGGCGCAGGUUCCUUUGAAGAUCACCAGAAUAACCAUUCCGGACCUUUGGCUGGGGAGAAUGUCAUGAACGUGAUCGUGGUGGCUGCUGAAUGUUCACCCUGGUGCAAAACAGGGGGUCUUGGAGAUGUUGCGGGUGCUUUGCCCAAGGCUUUGGCAAGGAGAGGACAUCGUGUUAUGGUUGUUGUACCAAGGUAUGGGGACUAUCAAGAAGCCUAUGAUCUCGGAAUCCGGAAAUACUACAAGGCUGCUGGACAGGAUUUGGAAGUGAACUAUUUCCACGCAUACAUCGAUGGUGUUGAUUUUGUGUUUAUUGAUGCUCCUCUCUUCCGACACCGUCAAGGUGACAUUUAUGGGGGGAGCAGACAGGAAAUUAUGAAGCGCAUGAUAUUGUUCUGCAAGGCUGCUGUUGAGGUUCCUUGGCAUGUUCCAUGUGGCGGCGUACCAUAUGGGGAUGGAAAUCUGGUGUUCAUCGCAAAUGAUUGGCACACUGCACUACUACCAGUCUAUCUGAAAGCAUAUUACAGAGACCAUGGCUUGAUGCAGUACACCCGCUCUGUUUUGGUGAUACAUAACAUCGCUCACCAGGGCCGUGGCCCUGUAGAUGAAUUCCCAUUCACCGAUUUGCCUGAGCACUACCUGGAGCACUUCAAACUGUACGACCCAGUCGGUGGUGAACAUGCCAACUACUUCGCCGCCGGCCUGAAGAUGGCGGAUCAGGUUGUCGCUGUCAGCCGUGGAUACCUGUGGGAGCUGAAGACGGUGGAGGGCGGCUGGGGGCUGCACGACAUCAUACGCCAGAACGACUGGAAAAUAAACGGCAUCGUGAAUGGCAUCGACAACAAGGAGUGGAACCCGGAGGUGGAUGUCCACCUCCAGUCAGACGGCUACACCAACUACUCCCUGAGGACGUUGGACGCCGGCAAACGGCAGUGCAAGGCCUCCCUGCAGCGUGAGCUGGGCCUGCAGGUCCGCGACGACGUGCCGUUGAUCGGUUUCAUCGGGCGGUUGGACGGGCAGAAGGGCGUGGAGAUCAUCGGGGACGCGAUGCCAUGGAUCGUGAGCCAGGACGUGCAGCUGGUGAUGCUGGGCACCGGGCGCAGCGACCUGGAGCAGAUGCUACAGCACUUCGAGUGGCAGCACAAGGACAAGGUGCGCGGAUGGGUUGGGUUCUCCGUGCCGAUGGCACACCGGAUCACGGCGGGCGUGGACGUGCUCGUCAUGCCGUCGCGGUUCGAGCCGUGCGGGCUGAACCAGCUCUACGCGAUGGCGUACGGCACAGUCCCCGUGGUGCACGCCGUCGGCGGGCUGAGGGACACCGUGUCGCCGUUCGACCCCUUCGGCGACUCCGGGCUCGGGUGGACCUUCGACCGAGCCGAGGCGCACAAGCUCAUCGAGGCACUCGGCCACUGCCUCGACACGUACCGGAACUACAGGGAGAGCUGGAGGGGUCUCCAGCAGCGCGGCAUGUCGCAGGACUUCAGCUGGGACCACGCCGCGCAGCUGUACGAGGACGUCCUUGUCAAGGCCAAGUACCAGUGGUGAAACAGCGGUAGCGGAUCCAGCGGCUUGCCUGCGCUGCGCCCAUGACAGGGGUCGCAAUGUACAUUGCUUACUCGAUAGGCCAUGCAGGAACUUGCCAACAAUGUCGAUCGUGUCAUCAGACUCAUCCUUGAUGGUGGAACAGCCAGCGUCCGCGAGAUGUAGUGACCUGAGGCGUGUGAUAGGCUUCGGACUGGGUUCGCAGCACAGUGCAGUUGAGUGGAGGUAGAGAUAGAAGAAGCGUUCGAUGUUGCAGGUACAUCAUCAGUACAUGGGAAGUUAUCUUGAUAGUGUAAUUUGCUAUAUGUUGUGCGCAUUGUUAAAUUGUUACUCCGUUCCAAACUAUGAGAUGUUAUAGCUUUGUCCUAAGUUAUUUUAGAAGCUUGACCAACGGCCUGGUGAUUCUAGAUGAACACGUGGAACAAGUUUAGACACUA